AUGCCACCACAAUUACGUGAUCCUUCACCAAAUCUUCCUGCUGAAUUCAAUUUAGCUGCAGCUACGACUACAAAUAAUAUUCCUGUUGAUGUAUUACCACAACGAGCAAUUUUUGCUAGAAAUACAACACAACCAUUUUUUGUUAAUAAUCAAGGUAAUACAAAUCAACAACAACAACAACAGCCACAAAAUAAUGGGUCCAAUCAAUGGAGACAAACAACAACAGCAUCAUUUAGACGCCGACAACGGCGGGUUCGACAAAAGCAAUAUCGCCAAAAUGAAAUAAAUAAUAAUAAUAAUAAUCGAUUUGCUAUAUUGGCCGAAAAUAAUCAUGAUGAAGUUGAUGUUAUGUCAAAUAUCGAUGAGAAUGAACCAUUACCAGUUAUAAGAAAUAAUAAGAAAAACAAAAAGAAUAAAAAUUAUCGGGCAUAUUUUGCAUAUAAUAGAAUAACGACAUGGCUACAAAAUGAAUCAAUAUCAAAAGAAACUGUUGAAACUAGUGGCAAUCAUGCUUAUUUAAUGGCUUCGAUUCCUAUUUAUGAUGAGUGGAUUCGAGCUAAUUAUGAUUUACAAGUAUGGCAAAAUUAUUUAAAAAUGGGUACUGAAAAUAAACAAUGGGCAAAAGAAGUCAUUCAACGAACAAAAAAACGUGAUGGCAUAGUAAAUAAUCAAUUUGUUAUAAAGAAAAUUAAUCAAUUAUCAGUUGUAGUAGCUCAAGCAAAUGCAACCAUUUCUGGUUUAAAAAUUCAAUUACGUAUGUACUGGUCACAAAUGCCGGGAUAUAAAAAAGUAAAACCAACAGCUGGCAAUAUAGCCUAA